UGAAAAGUUUCUACGGCCUUUUUUUUAGUCGCCUACUUGUUUUCCUCCAGUUUACGUUGGGGUCAUCGACACUUUCAGCCUAUUUGCAAACAAAACAUAGUACCCAGUCGGGAGAGAGAACGAGCAAAAGGGAAAAAAACAUGGCAGGUAUCAAAUCCCUCGUCACUAGAUUCGGCAAAGGCGCCGCCACCAAGCAGGUAUACAUUUACGAAACGUGGUUGCGUUGGAUAGCCCGCGGAAUCCAGUUCGCACUUGCCAUCGUCGUCUGUGGUCUGUACGGGCGCCGCGUCGACCACGAUCGUCGACACGACAACGGCCAGUCGCCCGCGUGGGUUUACGCACUGCUCGUCGCCGGCCUCUCCUGCAUCACCUGUCUCCUGUACGCCAUCCCGAACCCCUUCGGCCGUCUGCAGUCGCACCGCCUGUUUGCCUGGGACCUGAUUCUCUUCGUCCUGUGGAUCGCCGUCUUCGGCACCUUCGCGGCCAUCUUCCUCAAGCGCGAGGAGGACGAGUACCAGGGCACCAGCGUCACGCUCAUGAAGUGCGCCGUCUGGAUCGACCUUGUGAACUGCGUCUUCUGGCUCUGCACCGGCCUUUACGGCUGUUUCCGCACGUUUGUUGGCAGGAAGGUCAACGGGAAGAUCGACGAGUACUCAAAUAAGGUCGAGGAUGGUAUCAAUGCGAAGGUCGAUCAGUACGCGGGAGCUGCUCAGAACAGCUUCACCAUGAAACUUAAUCCCUUGCGCAAGGAGACGGUAUGAGCGAGGAAUGUGGCAGGGGAAGAUGUUUGCAUUUAUACCUAUUUCAUAAUGAUACGCAUAGUCGUAUGAUAUCGUUGGUUUCCGAGGAUGUUGGUCAUGAAUAAAAUUGCGGUCGGUUGCAUUUAGACUACUAGACGAGCCUCAUCGCUUGAACGCAGCGUCUUAUUUUGGUUCUCUGGGCUCCCCCUUUUGAGAUCCCCUAAGAGCACCCAUUAAUAAUAUCGUUAAUACUUUUUUUAACAUAACCAUGUGUUUCCCUAAAAUUAGGUGUCUACCUGUAAUUUCUAGCCUC